AUGCUCUCAUCCAAUGAGGAUCCAGUUCGUGUUCAGCUACACCAGUGGACCAAUAAACAGGCGGAGUGGCCGGCUUCUCCCGUGUCCCUGUGCUCCAUCGGCAGACAUGAGUUCCGCUGUGUGUCGCUGGUUGCUGCUCUGCUCCUUGUCGGUGCUGGGUGCCCGGCCGGCGGAGGAGGGGGGAAAUAUUCCCGGGAGAAGAAUGAGAACCGGCCGGAGGGGGUGGAGUUCCGCAUACAGAAGCUGGACCAAAUCUGGGAGAAGGCACAGCGGCUCCAGCUUUCUCCUGUAAAACUGGCAGAACUCCACAGCGAUCUGAAAAUCCAGGAAAAGGAUGAACUGAACUGGAAAAAGUUAAAGGCUGAAGGACUAGAUGAUGAUGGAGAAAAAGAAGCCAAGCUCAGGCGAUCACUCAACGUUAUCUUGGCCAAGUAUGGACUGGAUGGAAAAAAAGCAGACACAGACUGAAGACGGUAACUACAUUAAAGGUGGCACAGAAAAUGAUGUGCUGGAUGAUCCACGUUUGGAGAAGCUGUGGAACAAGGCAAAGAGUUCCGGGAAAUUCUCAGAGGAAGAGUUGGAUAACCUGUGGCGGGAAUUCCUCCAUCACAAAGAGAAGACAAAUGAGUACAACAUUCUACUGGACACAGUCACCAGGACUGAAGAAAUCCACAAAAAUGUAAUCAGCCCAGAUGAACAUGAGCUGAAAACAGACUUCUUGCACAGCAAACAUGCAGAUCUUAAAGAGAAACUCCACAGCAUCAACCAAGGAUAUGAGCGUCUGCGGAAACUGAGCCACGAAGGAUACGCUGGUGGAAGAGGAUUUUUAAUGAGCCUCGCCUCUGUCACUGAUUUAUGGGAUAUGGCAAAUAACCGCCAAUUUUUUCAGUGAGACCGAAUUAGAGUCCAUUUUAAGGAAGAACUCGAAACACUUUGAAACCAAAGUUGAAAAACACAGGCAUUACCAGGAAGCACAGCUUGAAAUCUCACAUGAAAAGCUGAUGAAACAUGUUGUAGAAACCGGCGACAAGGAGCACAUCAAGAAAGAGCAAAGAGAAGCAUAAUGCCCUCCACAGAAAAGAUAAAGGAGACUGGGGUUACAAGGUUAAAAAACAUCUUCAAGACUUGACCAGCCGCAUCUCCAAGAAUGGCCUCUCACACAAUGAACUCUGA